UUUUUAUUUUUUUAUUUUUUAAAAGAUGUGUCUCUCAAAGAGAUCAUGAAUAAAUGCAACGAAAAUGACCCAAGUGAGAAGACAGAGAGCAAGAAAAAAAAGAAAAAAAAGAAAAAAAGAAAAAUCUUUUCGAAGUGAACAAGAAGAGCGAAAACCACAUCUGGCAAAAAAAAAAAAAAAAAAAAAAAAAAAAAUCGAUCUCAGUGGCUAAUAAGAAAAUUCAGUGUUAUUUUCCGCAGCGAUCGGGCCGAGAGAAAAAGAAAAAUCCGAGAAAGAGAGAGAAAAAGAGCGAGAAAGAAGAAAGACCCAUCAGAGAGGGAGAGAGAGAGGGUAAAGCGGGCAAUGCUUGAGAAUCGAUUGGCUGAGAAUCGAAUUCUCUAAAAGGGCUGAUUUUAUAUGGGGAGUGGAGCAACAUUAGUGGACGGGGUUCGUCGCUGGUUUCAACGUCGCUCAUCUACUACUUCUUCUUCUCUUCCUUCUAAUAAUAAUAAUAAGAGAAAUAACAAUAAUAAUAAAAGUAAAUAUAAUUCGAAUAUUGAUCAUGGUAAUGAUAGCCACGUCUCUUUGACCGAUUUACGCGCUGAAUCGUCCACAGUCCAAAGACGGGAAACAAAACCAGGAGAAGAAGAAGAAAGCUCAAUUCUUGAAGAAGAACAACAAGAUUUUGACGUCUCUGGUUUGAAGAUCCUCCAAGUGCCUCUGCGUACCCACUUCAAACCUGGCUCUAUGGAUACCCAAAAGAAGGGUGGAUUAGAAACGGAAUUCUUCACGGAGUAUGGAGAGGCAAAUCGAUACCAAAUUCAGGAAGUUAUUGGGAAAGGAAGUUAUGGUGUUGUUGGUUCUGCGAUUGACAGUCACACUGGAGAAAGGGUUGCAAUCAAGAAAAUUAAUGAUGUUUUUGAGCAUGUAUCUGAUGCCACUCGGAUUCUCAGAGAAAUUAAGCUUCUUCGAUUGCUUCGCCAUCCAGACAUUGUUGAGAUAAAGCACAUUAUGCUUCCACCAUCUCGGAGAGAAUUCAGAGAUAUCUAUGUUGUAUUUGAGCUAAUGGAAUCUGAUCUUCACCAAGUAAUUAAGGCAAAUGAUGAUCUUACUCCUGAACAUUAUCAGUUUUUCUUAUACCAACUUCUUCGUGGUCUUAAGUACAUUCAUACAGCAAAUGUAUUCCAUCGAGAUUUGAAGCCAAAGAACAUUCUUGCUAAUGCUGACUGUAAGUUAAAGAUAUGUGAUUUUGGGCUUGCCCGAGUAUCUUUUAAUGAUGCUCCAUCAGCUAUAUUUUGGACUGACUAUGUUGCAACUCGGUGGUAUCGUGCUCCCGAACUCUGUGGGUCAUUUUUCUCGAAAUACACUCCUGCAAUUGACAUUUGGAGCAUAGGAUGCAUAUUUGCUGAAAUGCUUACGGGAAAACCACUGUUCCCUGGGAAAAAUGUGGUACACCAAUUGGAUCUUAUGACAGAUUUGCUUGGCACCCCACCUUCUGAAUCUAUUGCAAGGAUACGGAAUGAAAAAGCAAGAAGGUACCUUAGUAGCAUGCGGAAAAAGCAACCAGUUCCAUUUGCACAGAAGUUCCCUAAUGCAGAUCCAUUAGCUCUUCGGCUGCUGGAGCGCCUACUUGCAUUUGAUCCCAAAGACCGUCCAACGGCUGAAGAGGCAUUGUCUGAUCCUUACUUUAAUGGUUUGGCAAAUGUGGAUCGUGAGCCAUCCACUCAACCCAUUUCAAAACUUGAAUUUGAGUUUGAAAGAAGGAAAUUGACAAAAGAUGAUGUAAGAGAGUUGAUCUAUCGGGAGAUUUUAGAGUAUCACCCCCAGAUGCUGCAGGAGUACCUUCGGGGUGGAGACCAGACUAGUUUUAUGUACCCAAGUGGUGUUGACCGAUUCAAGAGACAAUUUGCACAUCUUGAGGAGCAUUAUGGUAAAGGUGAAAAAAACACUCCACUGCAGAGGCAGCAUGCCUCCUUACCCAGAGAGCGGGUUACUGCACCUAAGGAUGAGACUGAUAAUCAAAAUAAUGAUUUUGAAAGGAGAACUGCAGCUUCUGUUGCCACAACCCUCGAGAGUCCUCCAAAGUCGCAGCAAGAUGGAUCAGAUAAUGUAAGUACAGGUGCACAAAAUGGACCUAACAAGCCAAACUACAGUGCUCGUAGCUUGUUGAAGAGUGCUAGCAUAAGUGCUUCCAAGUGUAUAGGUGUAAAACCAAGACAAGAUUUAGAGGAGGAGACAAUCCCCGAGGUCAAUGAGGAGGCAAUUGAUGGCAUAGCUCAAAAGGUUGCUGCUCUCCAUGCCUGAGUCCAUAUUCUGUGUAUUAGAAGGAGUCAGAAGAUUAACAUUUUCCUUGUGCCCUUUUUCCAGCAUUAUGUGCGUAAAGGAUGCUUGGUAAGAUCCAUUUUGAAGAUCAUUUUUUGGGUAGAAGCUAACAUUAGGACUCUUUUAAUUUAUUACACUUCAUUGUAUUGCUACAAUAGAAAGACAUGUUGUACUCCUGUAACUAUUUUUAUAUUCCAGAGAAACAAUGUAUUUUUUUUCCAUUUUGUAGUGUGAUGCAAUAGAAAAGGAAAAUGUGGGUUUCAAUAAAAA